UAAAUUUGAUAAACACUUAUAUAUAUAUAAUUUACAUAUUCAAAAAUAAGGGUGGGCAUAAAUCGGAUAUCCGGGUUUUUAGAAAUAUUCGUGAUCCGAUCUGUUUCUUCAGAAUAAUCAAUUAUUUGUUCAGAUUCGAUCUGUACCCAUCAUGAUAUUCUAUGUCCCGGAUAUCCGGAAAAUUGUAGAUUUUGACCGGAUAUCCUAUCAGAUCCGUAAAAAUAAAUAAAAAUUAGAAAAUAAAUAAAAAUUUAAAAAUAAUAUAAAAUAAUAAUAUUUUAUUAUAAAAUAAAAUUUUAUUUACUUUUUAAAAUUCUAAUGAAUAAUUAACCAUUUAGUAAAUAAAAUACUGUAAAACUUAUAUAAAAUAUAAUAUUUAUAUAACUUAUAUAUAAUUCCUUAAAUAUAUGUAUAUAUAUGCAUAUAGCGGAUCAGACAAGAUAUCCAUUCUUAAAAUUAUUAAUAUUAAUAUUUGUGAUUUACUUUGUUUCUUACGGAUAUCUUUACUUUUCGGUUUGAAUCGAAAUGGAUAAAGAAUCAAAUCAAAAUUUACAUAUAUUUUGUCCAGCCCUGUUCCAAAAUUAUAUAAUUUUCUGUAGAAUGAUUUUAUGCACACUAUUUUUUCUAAUAUUAAGAAAAAAAUCAAAGUACAUCCAAUAAAAAAAUAAAAAUCAAGGUACAUUGUUAUUUGUUUUUAAAUAAAUUCUGAAAACUUUAAUUUAUUAGAAAUAAGUUAAAAUUAAUAUUCAGUAAUACACAAUAAAAAUUAACAUGUUCUGUACAAGUAGAUAAUCAUUUGUAUUUUUAUUUUAGAUAUUUAGCUUACACAAUUAUUUUUAACAUUUAGUCAAAUAUGCUAAUUCGUAAAUUAGUUUAACCAGUUAGGACUGCAUUUGUUCUGCAUGAUCUACGUGAUCUACAUUUGUUCUGCUUGAUCUGCAUUUUGUGUUUGAUCUGCAUAUUUUUGAUCUGCAUACCAUUCGAAAGCCUAAUUUAGCUUAAUGUACGAUGAUUAUAAAGAAUGGGUUAACUUAAUCACCUUAUGAGGCGGGUGUUGAUUGAUGUUUUCGUCGAGGAGACUCACGCAAUACUUAAUACUCCAUGAAAUUAAAAAGGUAUUUCCCCCAUGGCUGAUUUUUUUUCUUUUGAGAAAUGGUUUACAAAUGAUUCGAUCCCUCCCCAUGGCUGGAUUUCCGAAUGAACAAGUGGAUUAAUCAUUCAUAAACCGAAUGUACAAAAACAAAUAAUGAAGGUGUUAAAUCUCGAUCGUUGGAUUUACAUGAGUUAGACCAACUCCGUCGGGGGAGUCCUUAGAGUAGGUUCCAAAAAAAUAAAGGCAAAAAAAUAAAUGAAAAAGAAAAAGAAAAAGAAAACAUAAAACCGGUCUUAAAUUUGAGAUUUUAAGGAGUGGUAAGAAUCCAUAUGUGGCAGCUUUUUAUUCGACCGCGAUCAAUGUUUCUCUCUACUUCGUCACGAGGUUUAGUCGAAACUUGACAUUUUCUUUUUUUUCUUCCUCUUUCUUCGAUCUCUUCGUCUUCUAUGGCGAUACUCUGGGGAUCUCUCGAAUGAUGAAACUCCGGCGAAUGAUCCGUCGAAAUCCCAUCUUUUCUUUUCUUUUCGUCCUCUUUCUUCGAGCUCUCCGUCUUCUAUGGCGAUUUUCUGGCGAUCUCUCCAAGGAUGAAACUCCGGCGAAUGAUCGGUCAUCUUCUUCUUCUCAAUUUCCAAGGAUGAAAGGUCUCUUCGCCCUCUCGUUGCAUGUCUAGACAGAUCUUCACCGCACGGUCAUCUUCUCCCUCUCACCGUUGAAGCCAAAACUGUUGGAUUCGAUCAUGGAUUUGGAUAGAUCCAUAACCAAAUCUCCGGAGGAACUCACGUCGAUCUGGUACGAUGUAAUUUCACUCCUUUGUCCUCUAAAGAUUUCGUCUAUGAUGUCUUUAGAUUUGCUGAUGGUUUUAUUUUGGCAGUAUCACUUGGGACGAGGGCAUAUUAGGAUCACUAUGAAAGCUUCUCACUUUAUCGUUUGUUGGAGCAACAAGCAGCCGAGUGGUAAUAACAAUAUCAUCAGCUUUGUUCUUGUCCAAAUGAAUCUUUUAGUUUUUUUUUGUUCUCUUAAUUUAAUCUUCUUAUGUUUGAUGAUGUAUCAAUUGCAGCCGUUACUUUGUUAUUCCAUGGUGGAGAGGAAAUGGUUACAUUACAAUGUCUGCUCAAGGUUUGUUAAUAUGUUUUGAUCUCAGAGUUAAAUUUCAAACUAGUGAUAUUAGCACUGGUUAGUGAUAUUAGCUUUGGUCGAGAUGGUUAGUAAUAUUAGCAAUUGAAACGGAAAUGAGUUGUGUCGGAAUUUAGUGAUAUUAUCUUUGGUCAGAUGAGCUUUUAAUUUUACUUGCGUUGUUGGUUGUGGAAGGAUGGAAGCAGUGGCGUUUUCUUUUGCAUUCAUUACGGAACAGACGCACUCUCAGAAACGGAUGCAACAUCAACAAAGCAUUCAUUACGGAAUACACUCUUCCAUUUCACAUGUGGCAAGAGGUAAGUAGACUCUGCUGUUGCUUUAGUUAGUUGAAUGUUUGAUAGAUAUUGAUUAGGUUAGGAAUUGAUGUGAAAUGUAUGUAGUUUUCGUGGUUGUUAUGGUAUGUGUUAGUUGCGUUGAAGUGAUAUGUAUUUAGUUUGCUUGGUUGUUUUAGUUGUAGGUAAAAAUAUUGAUUGUCAUUAACACAUAGAUCUGAAACUUCAACUACUAAAAACUUUAAAAGCUUUAAAACUUCCCUUUAAAUUGUGAACAAAACACGCCAUUUCUCAGUAGCUGUUUCCUUCUCUUUUGUUCUUUCAUUCUCCUUUAGACAAGUUUAUGGAUCCAUAUAGUCAACAUUGUAGCUUUCAAAACCUCUUAAACAGUCAACAACCAAGCACUCAACACCCUUAUCAGUCUGUUCGUGAACCUUGUAUAGACACAGUCUCUGCGUCGCAUGCCUCUGUCUUCGGUUCACAAUGGACUGAAGAUGGCAACGACGAUGCAGAGACUGUGUCUGACCGUAAAGAGAGACGUAAAUGGUCACCAACAGAAGAUGGUGUGCUGAUAAGUGCUUGGUUAAACACCUCCAAAGACCCAGUUGUAGGGAAUGAGCAGAAAGCAAUUGCGUUUUGGAAACGAGUUGCGGCGUAUUUUGCUGCGAUUCCAAAGCUGGCUUGUUUACAGAAGAGAGAGCCAACGCACUGUAAACAAAGGUGGGGGAAGAUCAAUGAGGGGGUCUGCAAAUUUGUUGGCUGUUAUGAUGCUGCAACGAAGCAGAGAUCGAGUGGACAGAAUGAGAAUGACGUUUUGAAGAUGGCUCAUGAGAUUUUCUACAAUGAUUACAAGGUGAAGUUCACACUGGAGCAUGCAUGGUUGGAGCUUCGCCAUGAUCAGAAAUGGUGUGGAGCUUCUUCUGAUAAAGUACAGUCUAAAAGAAGGAAGUUAGAUGACGGAUCUGCACAGUCAUCAACCUUUGUGCCAGGAAGCCAUGGAGAGGAUGAAGCUCGGCCUGUUGGUCUUAAAGCAUCAAAGGCCAAAGAAAAAAGGUUAGUGAGCAAGCAAGGGACUUUGGAAGAGGAAGUGAAGGAGAGGAUGGAGUUUCAGAGCAUGUGGAUGAUAAGGCAAAAUGACUUUGCUUUGAAGGAGAAGCUUAACAAGCAAAAAUUGCUUGAUAGCCUCAUUGCCAAGACAGAGCCACUGAGUGAACUUGAAAUAGCUUUGAAAAAUAAGCUUAUUAAUGACAUGUUGGCUAUUUAGUUUAAUUCCGAUCUUUGGUCUUGUCUCUAAGUUUGUUUCUCUGAAUGGUUUGUGUAUGUGAGUUUGUUUAUCUUACUGCUUUGUGUCUUA